CACACAUAUUUUUGUCCAAUUAUUUGCCUUGCAUCAUGCUGAGUGUAGUGUAGAUAGCUGGCACUUCAGUUUGUCAGGCUCCCACUCCUAUUGGGUCUGGCGUUGGAUGGGUGGACUGAAUAAAUAGCGAGUAAGAUGCGGAUCAGAAUGACAUGAGAUGUGGAGCAGCAGCAGCAGCUGAGAGGGUAGGAGACAAGCCAUAGUAGCUGCUCGUUAGUCACCGCAGAUCAGCGCUCAACAGGCAACCGGAUUCUUAACUGAACUCUCUCCUUUUUUUUUUUUUUUUUUUUUUUACUUCUUAUAAUCUGAGCUCUUGCGUGCGCUCCUACACCACUUUCCUCUGUCAGCGCUCUGAUCCAAGUUUUGUCGGUGAAACCCUAUCCCUCUGCUGCUAACAGGUUGGAACAAUUAAAUCAUUUUUUUUUUUUUUUUUUUUUUUUGCGCGUCUUAAUAUCGCUUAUCUGAAAUUCAUAGAAAGCACGGCCAAGAUGAUGAUGAUCAUCGCGGAGUUCUUCGUGGUUAUCUUGAAGGUGCUCUGGGCGUUUGUGACAGCCGGGGCCAGAUGGGUCGUGCGACCCAAGGAGAAGAGCGUGACGGGACAGGUGUGCGUGAUCACCGGGGCUGGGAGCGGCCUCGGGCGGCUGUUCGCCAAGGAGUUCGCCCGGCGACGAGCGGUGCUGGUCCUGUGGGACAUAAACAGCCAGAGCAAUGAGGAAACGGCAGAGAUGGUACGGCAGAUAUACCACGAAACGGAGACUCCCAUCGCAAAAGAUGGACCUGUUGGAGGAGUGGAGGAGGUCCCUGCCUUCCAGCCUCAGGUCUACACGUACGUGUGUGAUGUGGGCAAGCGCGAGAGUGUGUAUUCCACGGCGGAGAAGGUGCGGCGAGAGGUGGGAGAGGUGGACAUACUGAUCAACAACGCCGGCGUGGUCUCAGGCCACCACCUGCUGGAGUGCCCGGACGAGCUGAUCGAGCGCACCAUGGUGGUCAACUGUCACGCACACUUCUGGACCACCAAGGCGUUUCUCCCCAAGAUGCUGGAGCUGAAUCACGGUCACAUUGUGACUGUUGCCAGCUCCCUCGGUUUAUUCAGCACAGCUGGAGUUGAGGACUACUGCGCCAGCAAGUUCGGUGCCAUCGGGUUUCACGAGUCCCUGAGCCACGAGAUUAAAGCCUCAGAGAAGGACGGGAUCAACAUGACCCUGGUGUGCCCUUACCUGGUCAACACGGGAAUGUUCAAAGGUUGCAGGAUAAGGAAGGAGAUCGAGCCUUUUCUGCCUCCCCUGUCGCCGGACUUCUGUGUGAAGCAAGCCAUGAGAGCCAUCCUCACAGAUCAGCCAAUGGUCUGCACGCCUCGCAUCAUCUACAUGGUUAACUUUAUGAAAAGCAUCCUGCCCUUUGAGGCCAUCGUGUGCAUGUACCGGUUCCUCGGUGCCGACAAAUGCAUGUACCCUUUCCUAGCUCAGAGGAAGGAGGCGAUGAACAACAAUGAAGCGAAGAACGGGAUCUAAGGAGAAGUGUUUACAACCGGGGCAUUCAUGCAGUGGUGUGACAAAUGGUUUGUCACCUUCCCGAUUUCCUAUUUUUUUGGUGUAUUUUCUCACAUGUCAGUGUUUCAGAACACCAAACUACUUCAAAUAUUAGUCAAAGUAAGGUGAUAUCCUGCUAAACCUAAUAACUGGUUGGGCCAACCUUACCAGCAACAACUAAAAUCAAAUGUUUGUGAUAACUUAUGAAUCUUACAAUGAAUUUUUGGCCUUCUCAUCUUCGCAGAAUUGUUGUAAUUCAACCAGAUUGAAGGGUUUUUGAGCACCAUGUUUCACUGUUGAUCUGAUAAGCAGUUACUUUUAGGCCAGAUGUAAUGGGACACACACCGUCCAAAGAGUUAAACUUUUUGUCCUGUCAGUCCACGGAAUAUUUUUCCAAAAGUCUUAGGGAUCAUCAAGAUGUGUUCUGGAAAAAUCGAGGCAAACUUUCCUCUGCCAAGCAAGCCAUUUUUGCCAAGUCUUUUAGGCAUAACCUUUGACCUUAACUGAGGCAAGUGAGGCCUGCAAUCACUUUUUCCUCAAGGGAUAUGCAAGUUUGGAUUUUUUUUUUCUUUUAAUAAUGAAUGCCUUCAUUUAAAAACUGCAUUUUGUGUUUACUUGUGUUAUCUUUAACAUUUAAACUGGACUAAAGUUCUGAAACAUUUAAGUGUCAAACAAAUAGGAAAUCAGGAAGGGGGCGGACACUUUUUCACACCGCUGUACCUGCAAGCAUAUGGAAACAACCACUGAAGAAGAAAGAUGGGGGAGGGUAAAAAAAAAAAAAGAAAAAAGACUGAAUCUAGACUGGUGCACUUGCAUUGAGCAAAUGCAAAAAUUUACCAUAUUGUUCCUCU